CGCCGCCUUUCCUUGUUGAUCUUGUUUAUCAUAUUUUAGACAAACUUAAAAAUGUCCACAUUUCUCUAUAUUUAGUUUGUUUGUUUGUUUGAUUUGGGUUUUACGUCACAUUGACACAAUUUAGGUCAUAUUGCGACUUUCCAGCUUUACUGGUGGAGGAAGACCGAACGGCACGAACAGGCACCUGAAUAGAACUACCGAUGUUUCGUAAGCGCUCUAUAUUUAGUAAACACAUGAAGGUAAAAACCAACACUUUUUACUGUAAUAGAUUCUGUGUAAUCAGAGAAAACGAAUUUUACAUUAGAAAUGUAGGUUUUAGUUCGGGGAACCACUUAUUAGGGGAGGCAUAUAUCAACAAAAAUGCUUGGUCGGGAUAUUUGUCGUGCAAUGGUACGGAAGCAGACAUCAUGCAGUGCGAAAAACCUUCAAGCUUUAGAUUUGUACCGUACGUUCGGAGUGAAACUGAUAUUGGAACCUGGCUUUAUUGUUUUGAUUUUAAUAUCACAUCAAUGCGAUUAGUUAAUGGACUAAAUUCAAACGAAGGCGUUGUAGAGCUACAAAUUGGUGGUCGUUGGGGAUCAAUUUUGAUGCCAGACCAUAUAGAUACGUCUGAAUUUGAAACUGGUGUUUGUCAAUUCCUAGGAUAUGUGGAUGAUUCCAAAAUAUUGGAUUCUUUUGUUACGGAUUAUUUAAAGCAUACCUGGAGGACGAAUUUUGUUUGCUAUAGUUUUACGGAUUGUAUUUUUACAACGGAUGGAUUUAGAUAUCCUAAACUUACUGUUAAGUGCAAAGGUAUGUUCUCUCAACAAGUUUGA